CCAGAAACAUUAACUUACGGUAUUGCUACUACGUUUUAGCUCAUUUCGGAUUUUAUGCUGCGAAAGUGUUUCAUAGAAGGGUUAGGCAAGCUUCGCGAACCAAAAACAGUUAAAACGCAUAUUUAGCUGAUGUUGACAAUUGUGCUUGAUUUACCUCUAAUUGAAUUCAAUUCAUCGGGUUGCGGAAAUGCGAUAAGGUUUUACUUAAGUGGAGCAUAUAAGUAAAAUUCGUCUGCCGCAGUUCUUUUUCUUGACAAUAUCCAGUAUAAAUGCCAUCUUUUCGUCAGAAAGUUUCUACCUACUUUCGUCAGCUUAGUUUCGUGUCUGAACGCGAUCAUCGAAACCGAGUUCAGCAAUCCUCACCGAUGCCAAAUGGAAGCUUCAUAACUCAAUAUUUGGAAGGAGUUUGGGAACCUCCAGAUUCUACACCGAUAAUUCACAAUGGUAAAUCGCCGGAGGAUAUGGCCGAAGUUCGAAUCCAACGAUACGUGGUAAACCAAUCGCAAACUGAUGCGGCCUAUACAGGACCGUUCGAGGGUCUCACAGGAAUUAGGCGCACAAGGACUCAUCUUACGGCUGGCAUUGCUGAUGAUAUUGACUUUAUCGAUGUUCCGCCGGAUUCGGGACCUAUAGUGCAGAAGGAAUCAAAUUUAAACUCAAAUUCUGCUAAUACUACCUACCAAAAGCACAGCGAAUCUUCAAAUAGCGCAUGCAGUUCAGAACUGGAGCAAAUAACGAAAUCAUCCAAAAAUGGAGCGGGGAAAGAAUUCGACCAAAAGACCAACCAUGACAACGAACCAAUAGCUUGCAUUGCUGACUGGAAUCGUCCGAAUGAAGAUGCUUAUGGGAUAUCAGUGUCGUUAUACGAAAAGCAUUUUCAUUCCUCAGGCAGUGUUGGUGAUCCAAUCGCCGAUUGUUUUGGGAUCGUAACCCGUGCGGAUUCCUGUAUUAUGGCCAUGGCUGAUGGUGUCAAUUGGGGGGAAGGAGCAAGGAUUGCCGCUCGAUCAGCAGUACAGGGUUCAAUGGAGUAUCUUAAUUCUGCAGUUUUUGGAAUUCAUCAAGUAACGUCUACAAAGGAAAUAUUCGUGAGCUUAAUUCGUAGCUUUUGGGAAGCCCACAAGUACAUCUUGCAAGUCGGUGGAGCAUUGAGCACGUUGACCGUUGCAAUUGUGCUUCCUGCAGAAGAUUCAAAUCAAAGUAUUGUCUGCUGCUGUAAUGUGGGAGAUUCAUUAGGUUAUGUGUUUUCUAAGAACAAAAUUGUUCGUGAACUAACACAGGCCUCUCACGAUGUCAAUCUUAUGCGGGACAUGCGGGAUGCCCUAGGUGCUCUUGGACCGGUUCAUGGUGAUAAACCAGAAAUGAGUAACCUUACCCUGUCUAUGACUUACGUCGAAGAAGGUGAUAUUGUCUUUCUUACAUCCGAUGGUAUAAGCGACAAUUUCGACCCCGUCGUCGGUCGUUUCGCGGAGGCCGUUUCUAGUGACGGCGGUAAUACUAACAGUAGUAGUACUACCAGUGUCAAACAACAAUCUAGCAUACAUGCUAGAGAACCGACGUACGGCGAAAGAAAUGGUUUAAAACCGGUGUUGGCUCAUAAACGUCACAACAAGAGUGCGCCACAUUUGAGCAGUAGCGCAAAUAUCGACAAACUUCAAACGAACAUCAGUCAUUCUACUGCUAACCGCCCAGAACGAAAGGUUCCCGUGACCUUAAGACAGCCCUCUCAGCAAGGCGUUGGAGACAGAAGCUACAGUUCCAAGUACGUAGCGCGUUCGAAAACAUUUAUUGAGCCGAGUGGAGCGAACAGGCAACAGAAUAAUAUGGGCAACAGAUCUGGUAAAACCAUUGGUUCUAGUAUGACACUACCGCGUGUUACAGCAGCGCAAAGACAUACACUUACUUUGUUGCGAAUCGCCGAUCUGUUAGUGUACGGUAUCAACGGAUCGUUGCGUCCAUGUACAAGCGCUAAGCAACUCUGUCAACUAUUGAUUGACUUUGUAUCAUGCAUUACGGCCGCCAAACGCAAGCUGCUAGAGCAACGUGAACUGUAUUACAAAGUAGUGACGGCUGCGGACGGAACUUGCAAAGAAAUGCGGAACACAAGGCAGGAACACAAGGCGAUAAGGAAGCGCAUGGUAGAUGGCACCACGUUUUCGGUUUUGCCUGGUAAAUUGGAUCAUGCUUCAAUAGUUGCCUAUACCGUGCGCAGGCGCUGCAUGGAGAAACAUAUUGUGUAAAUGUGCUUAAACAUAUGAAAAACGGAAUUUGCGCCUUUAAUGUGUUUUUGCCUCGAACUGCCUACAAGUCAAAGUAACGCUUACGGAUCAACGUAUGACACUGAACAGUACGAAUAUAAUACCUCCUUCUUUUUAAUGCAAGCUUGUAUGGAUAAUUAUUUGUUCAAUAUUGUUUCUUUUUUACGAAACAUGGUCGUGUGAGAAAUAUAAUUUCGUUAAUGCUUACAGAA